AGCGACCGAUGAAAUAUCGUUUGCUAUCUUUAAGUCUGGCUUGAGUCGAAGCGGGUGUUUUUUUCAGGAGGGAAACUUUACCAGGUUAAACGCGUUUUGAACACGAUUUAUUCUCCCAGUUUUGUUCCCCGAGCCAAAGCAACCUCAUUGAAAGGAGUCCACAAAUCAUGUCUGGCAUUGCAUUGAGCCGGCUUGCCCAGGAGCGCAAAGCAUGGCGGAAGGAUCAUCCUUUUGGAUUUGUUGCUGUACCAACAAAAAACCCGGACGGAACAAUGAAUCUCAUGAACUGGGAGUGUGCCAUCCCUGGCAAAAAAGGGACUCCGUGGGAAGGAGGCCUUUUCAAACUGCGCAUGUUGUUCAAGGACGACUAUCCGUCGUCGCCUCCAAAAUGUAAAUUUGAGCCUCCUCUCUUUCAUCCAAAUGUGUAUCCAUCAGGCACAGUAUGCCUUUCUAUCCUAGAGGAAGACAAGGACUGGAGACCGGCCAUUACAAUAAAGCAGAUCCUAUUAGGUAUUCAAGAACUCCUAAAUGAGCCCAAUAUCCAGGAUCCAGCCCAAGCAGAGGCUUACACAAUCUACUGCCAAAACAGAGUAGAUUACGAAAAAAGAGUCCGAUCACAAGCCAAAAAGUUCUGUCCCUCGUAAGGGCAAGGACGCGUCUCUUGCUGUGGCCGAAGGAAUCACCUCCCCGCUCAGUCACAAUGAAUGUGCUCCCCUCACAUCGGGACUCGCUUAAAGACUUCUAUUUAAACUCUACACAUUCUGUGCCAUCCACACCCCCUCACCCUAAUUUUUUUUUUUUUUUUUUUUUUUUUUUUUUGAGCUUCGUCGGUUCUGCUCUUAACCAUUGAGAGGGGUUCGGUGCUUCAGCACCCCCGGUCAUUUCUUUUUAAACUUUGUCUUAUGUGAGGCGAGGGACGCGGUUCCGGUCCAGUUUCAUCUAAGUCCAUGCAAGCUGGUCGUCAUCCAUGUCCGAGGGAGAAAAUGUCUAGUUUUGUUUUUUUUUUUUUUCUUUUGCUCUUCUUUUCCGUACAUUUAAUGUAAAUGUCUGCUUAGUUCAUUGUCAGUAUUUCAACUGCUGUAUAAUGAAUGGCACUUUUAUACCGUCGUAUUUCACUUUGUGUCUAGAUGGUUCUGUCUAAUUCUUUCCCGGGUUUUCUACUCAGCAUGCUGUAACAUAAUAUAGAAUCUGCUGCCUUGGCUGUCUUUUUGUCAGUUCUUUUGAGUGUCGGCUUUUUGGAUGAAUACAAAGGCUGCGACGACCGAGGCAGGUAGGCAUACCGUUGUAUCAGACGUUAAGGUUAUACGGUGCUUUGUUCAUGUAUGUGUUGGCGUAAAUAAAACUUUCUACAAAAUGGGUAA